AUGGCGCGCUUAUGCGGUGGCGGCUGUUCAGGUCCUGCUUUUGCCUGUAAUCCAACUGCUCUGCGAACCCAGAGAAGGUUUCGAGGUUGUUCGAGUUCUGGAGAGCGUCCGAGUUUCUCUCAGCCGCGCUUUGUGCGGGCGCAAAGGCGGCGAACGGCAAGACUCGCUCUUUUGCGAGCCUGUGGGAAUGAGGACCCCGGCAACCACAGUGGACAGAGCAGGACAACUGAAAAACUCCAAGGGCUUGUGGAUGCCUUCAAGAAACUUGGCGACCAAAAGCUGAGGGUUCAGCAGCUUUUGCACAUGGCGUCGACCCUGCCACCGUUUCCGCGCGAGCGCAGAGUGCUCGCAAACCGCGUACGGGGCUGUCUCAGCGUCGUGCACGUAGAUGCCUUCUUGGAUAAGGAAGGCAAAGUUGAGUUUAUUGGUGACUCUGACUCACAGCUUACCAAGGGGCUUGUUGCUUUCCUUAUUCGAGGCCUCAGUGGAUACAGUGUGGAAGAGGUAUGUGCGGUGACGCCUGACUUUAUCAAAGAGUCGGGUCUGGGUGUGAGUUUGACUCCAGGCCGUACGAACGGUUUUCUGAACAUGCUACGGACAAUGCAAGAAAAGGCCAGAAUGCUCGGCAUGGGUGAGGCAAACUCUAUGCAGUCCACAGCAAAUGGCAAGGUAUCCAUGAAGGAGGUCAUCGAAAACAAGCUUCAGGUAUUGAAACCAGACUUGAUUGAAAUUCGUGAUGACUCCGCAAAGCAUCGAGGUCACGAAGGUGCCCAUGAGCGACGAGGCGAGACGCAUUUUACAAUCAAAAUUGUGAGCGAUACCUUCAAAGACAUGCCCGAGGUGAAACGACACAAGCUGGUUUAUGCUCUUUUGAGCGAGGAGCUUAAUUCCAGAAGAAUCCAUGCACUGAGCAUCAUAACGCUCACACCGAUUGAAGCACACAGUGGCCCUGGAGUUGCAUAA